GCCAUGUCCCUAGACCAAUCUCAUUUCUCAUCUCACUGCCACCUUGCCUCUUCAGGCUCUUCUCGCGACCGGACGACUCCCUCUUAUCUAUACGACAUGGUGAACAGUGAACAUGACCAGUCCUCCGUUACAUCGGCACUGGUCUCUGUUACGCUAACUGCAACAGACGACUCGAGAGCCCAAGACGACAAGACAGGCUGGCCAUGGACCUGGCUCACUACAUGAUAUGCAUGCAUCAUAGGAGAUAUUCACACCGCUAAUACUGAUGGAUCAGGUGCAAUGCGCACAAUACCUAGGCGAGUGCUUCCACCCAGACGGGAGGCCUGUCCUGUCGUUCGGUAUGAUCCGCCGAGUGGCAUCAACCUCCACGACUGCAGAACGUACCCCAAAGAUGGCUACAUGUAGUGAGUGGUGAGGAGUGUGGGCGGGGAGAGCGGUGAGUGACGGACGACUCACAUUCACUGCGAUGCCUCCAUCUUCGCACACUGCGGCGGUGGAUGACAGCAAUGGCUCGGACAUGUCGAAUUGUAUUAUCGAGGGGGCGAAAGCCUGCACCGAGAAGCCGACCUGUAUCGUUGAAAUAUCCAGUCGCAAAUCGAGCGAUCAACUAUCAAAGCACGAGGAAUGUGACGGUUUAGAGGCCAAUGCCAUCAACACCGAACCACUACCACCUCGCAGAGCAGACCGUCUGACUAUACCAAUCCUACUGGUUCUGGCCGUAGGAGGACUGGAAAGAGCCGCAUUCUAUGCCAUUUCAACUCCUUGGCAGAACUACUUGCAGAAUCCCGCCAGCAAUCGCUCUCCGCCAGGAGCGCUAGGGCUGGGCCAGUCCCGAGCCACGGCCAUCAACAAUGCCUAUCUGGUCUUCUCUUCUCUGACACCGUUGCCUCUCGCCGUCGUGGCCGACCUUCGAUUUGGCAGAUUCAAGACCCUCUUGGCCAGUCUCGGUCUGAUUGCUCUAGGAUGCGUGAUACAGCUGAUCACUUCUAUACCCCAUCUCCUGCGACUGAAUGCAGGAUCGGCAGGGCUCGCGGUGUCCAUGAUACUCAUUGCAAUUGGCACUGGCGGCAUUCGAGCCGUCUUUCCUCCAUUUCUGGGCGACCAAUACCAACAGCGACCCAGUCCGUCUGGAGAUGAAGAGGAUACUAGUAGCAAGCACGAGGUAAUCGACUAUCGUCUUACAUUGCAGUACAUUUACAAUGUGUACUAUGCCGUCAUCAAUUUUGCAUGUCUCUCGACCAUCCCUUCGACAUUCUUGGAAAAGUCAUGCGGAUUUUGGGCAGCUUUCACUUUUGCCACUGCCUGCAUCUGCAUCUCCUUGGUCCUCCUCACCAGCACCUCUGCGCAACUCGAAAAGGUCGUACCCGGCGACAACAUCCUCGUGCCUGCAGCCAAAGUCCUCGCCUGCGCUAUGCGGAAUGGCUUCGACUUGCAGCGAGCCAAAAGCUCGUAUCAGAUGUCCACCUAUGGCAAGACUCCUACAUACACCGACUCGUUUGUGGAGGAAGUUCAGAUGACAAUGCACACCUGUCGGAUACUACUAUCCUUCGCCGUCUUUUACUUGUGCGCGAACCAAAUGAGUAAUAACCUGGUCUCGCAAGCAGGACAGAUGCAGCUGUCUGGAGUGCCCAAUGAUAUGGUGCCUACUUUCGCUUCGGUUGCGUGCGUCCUUCUCGCUCCAGCACUCCAAGCAUUAUGGAACUUCCUUGCACGUCGAAAUAUCACGUUUCGUGCCGUCACCCUGAUCGAGACGGCCUUUGUCCUCUGUGCUGCUGCCAUCGGCUUCGCUGCGUUGACCCAGCAUCUGAUCUACCAGUCACCACCAUGCUUUGACCGACCCAAAACGUGUCUGCCUACAGGUCCACCAAACAACAUCAGCGUCUGGGUGCAGCUCCCAUCCUACAUUAUUGCAGCGCUGGCGGAAACGAUUGGCUUUGUCACUGCGAGCGAGUAUGCAUAUUCGCACUCUCCCAAGGAGGCGAAAAGCAUGAUUCAAGCAUUUUCACAGCUCGCAGCAGCGUUGGGGAGUGUGCUUGGUCUGGCAGUCAGCCCGGCAGCUCGAGAUCCUUGGCUGGUCGUCUUCUACGGAGCCCUGGCAGGGGGAAUGAUAGUCGCAGCGGCUAUCUUUUGGUUACUAUUUCGCAAAGCCGAAGAAGAACCAAUAGCAGGGCCCAAUUCCUCGGCCUAAGCUAGCUUCCGCUCAUCGUAUAGAGCAGAGCCCCUGAGGGAGUCAUGGAUGCCCGAUACACAUAUACAUGUACGCAGUGAUAGGCUCAAGUCACAUCCCUCAAAGAGAUAAGUCGAUAUCACAGAGUGCAGCCGACAUACGAAGGCAAGGCAUGCUCACAAACCCGAACCUCAUCCUCACCACAAGCCUAGCGGUAUACCUUUUUCACCCUGCCUGCAAACCAGGCGACCUCGUAGCGUUGCAACGACACUCGACUAUGCCUACACUAUGCUACAGGAUGCUCCCACGUCGAGCCAUCAGAUCGCUGC